AUGAUGGAGGUUCUCGCAUGGCUGCCGGCUCGUGAAAUCUUGAACGGGCGAAGCAUCCUGCGAAACUUUGUGGAUUCGAAGGCCCUGGUGCAGCAUCUUUGGGUCACAGCUGAUGUGGCGCAGCCGCUGGAGCUUGUUCGCCCGGCAUCCGAGAAUGCGCUGGAGCGAAGGUCGUGCUUGCAUAUCCUGGACCGAUUGAGCAGCGUUUUCUUUCGCGACGAGCCAUGGCUCAUGGUAGAACUGGCCCUGGACAAUGCACUCAUGAUGAGUCGCGGCGACUUCUUCGACUUUGCCACCUACUAUCAAGCUGGCGGCGCAACAGUUCGACUAGACCAUGCAUUCGUGGGUCUAGUGGCCCGGAUAUUUUACCCUGAACUGCUGCUCUUGUUGCGAAAUUACGCCGAGCCCGUCCGACAGCGUGUCUCUGGAUGGCGCUACUGGUAA